GAAGUGGGGAAGAAGAGGGGGGGGGGGGCUAGAAAAAAAAGCAGAAGCCAAACAAGAACGGUAGAGUUUGGCGUGGAGAGUCGUUUCUAUACGAAUCGACUAUCACUGGCUGAGGGAAGGAUGCUUGAAAACAAAAGAGAGAGGUUGAAAACUUUCCUCAGGAAGAUUGACGAGAAGGCCAUUGUCAGAAUAAAACACUUCAUGAAAGAGAGCUACCCAGUAGAGAGCAGCAGUGGCGGGCUGCCAGCCAAAGUAAGGAAAAGCAGGAGCACCUUAAGCAAUGGCAGCAUCAAGAAGGUGGAGACGAGGAAAGCUUUGAGUUUAGAGGCGGCCCAGCUCGAGGUCCAGCAACAGCACAAAACCCUGACCAGACAAGCACCUGUCAGGGCGCAAACUUUUGAUGUCGACAGCAAAGGCUUUGAGAAGACCGAGGGCACUGGCUCUCAAAGUAGUUUCAAAAAGCACAACAAGACUUUUCACAAGUUGUUUCCAGACAUUCCAGAGAGUGAAGACUUGAUUCAUGCGUACAUCUGCGCCCUGCAGAAGGAAGUGCCCUACCAUGGUCGGCUAUACAUCACUGACACGCAUGCCUGUUUCUUUUCUUCUGUUUUGCUUAAGGACACUAAGGUAGUGGUUCCAGUUUCCUGCAUUAAAAGGGUGAAGAAGCAGAAUACAGCUUUGCUGGUACCCAACGCCUUGUCAAUUCGCACCAUUGAGGGAGAUAAGUACGUCUUUGUGGCUCUGCGGAAUAGAGAGUCGUGUUUUCAGCUGCUGCGUUCAGUCUGUCCUCAGCUAGAGGAUGUCAGUGCAAACAGUAGUCCUCUCUUCUCCUCAGCUGAAAACAGCUUUGAUAAGAACAAACUUGUGAACUCCAGCCAGUCCAGUCUGGACGAUAGCUUCGACCAAUUCGAUGGCUCCAAGUCUCAGACUUUACAAGAGGACCGCCCUCUGCUUAGACCGCAUAAAGAGGCAGUGCCUAAUGUAAAUGGUUCCUCUCUGAAGAACCUGCAUAUGCAGCAGAGUGAAAGUUCAUCUACAGAGGAGCUGUCUUUGUCAGGUGGAUCAUGGGUGUGGAAUGUGACUGAAAAAGCCAAGUCCCUGGUGGUUCAGAGAGAGGCCAGCAACCUCAACACUCUGCUCUUCAUUUACUUGAUUUUGGUUCUGCUGCUGCUGCUGUCUUCAGGCUACAUCGGUUUACGUAUCGUGGCCCUAGAGGAACAGCUGACGUCCCUGGGCGCUCUGUCUGAAUUCAACUUACAGAGCGGGUACCAACAAGACACAUAACAAUCAGCGACUUAAGGAGAGAUUGGUUGACUCAUGAUCGGAAGAUAAUUUCUGCCUCUUCCCAGCAAUACCAGCCGGGGAACUUUAACGUACUCAGACUUUGUGGCCUGCGCAAAGGAAGAGUGGCCAACAUGUGCAAUUUUUUUCAGACACAACUUGUUGACUUGAAGGGCUAUAUUUCCUCCAAGUGCAGUAAACAACACAGCAAAACAAAAGGACAUGCUGCGACCCAGUCACGUAGAGCCGAGCCAAAAACGUGUACACGCACUGCCUGGUUGCAGUGUCUGUUUGAACCAAAGCCAAACGGCUCUAUCUUAGCGAGGUGCCACAUUAGCCAAGUUGAUGGGCAUGCUUCUGGCAGCAACUGUUCCACAUCUGUGAAUUUACGUUGUCCUCUUCUUCCUGAGCAUGCAUUCUUGAACAGGGCUAUACCGGUUUAAAGCAUUAGCCUGCUGUAGUGCCGAUGAUUGCACCUCACCUCUCGAGACGUAGUGCUAUGCAUAGCCAAAGAUCCACACUGUCCACGUCUUUUGCAUGAGUGCACGGAUGAUGGAAUGAUGUUUUUGUCUGUUAUUUAGCCCUCUAUCAGCAGUGGUGUCUAUCCACCUUUUAAAUCCAGUCACUUUCGGGUACUUUUCUUCAAAUGGUUCUUAUAUUUCGCAUCAGCGGUGGGUUGAAAUGAUGAUGGCUAAGAUCCAAAAUUCAGAUCAGCCCGCAGAGGCUCGAUACUUUCCUGAUGGUCUUCUCCUUUCUCUCUUUCUCUCUGUGUCCAGGCAGAAAUGAUUGCAGUAUUACUCUUCCUCGAGUUUGGCAUGAUUUAAACCUGUUUAAUGAUCAUUGCUCAGAGGUUAUUUUCUUCCCAGUCUCUACUGGAUGAAUGCAUCAACAAUGCACAAAAUACACGAGAAUAUUAGGAAGCUGUAUUGGCUAAAGAAAUGUUAUUGUGUACAGCUUUUCUGACUUUGGUCUUCAAGAGUAGCAAUCAAACCUGUCUUUUUGAUGUCAACUGCAAACCUCUCUCUAUGACAGGCCUCUUGGGGACCAAGGUGGCAUUUCUUCAGGUUAUUUAAAGUAGCACCAAUAACAUAUUUCUAAUGUAUGUGUCUGGGGAAAAAUGGGCACUUGACUGAUUCUGUGUACUCUUUGUCACCUGAAGAGGAUUUUUAUUAUUUUUUUCUAAAUAACCACACUUGCUGCAAGGUCCGAGAUUAUCAAAAGUAAAACAAGUGGUCCCAAAAAGAAAUUUCAAUAUGCAAUGAAUUGUUUUGCAUGACAAAAUGUAAUUUCUGUGAGCAGUUUGUUUGGUUUGUUUUGUUUUUUUUAAAUGGAACUUGAUAUUCGUGGGUUAGAAACUGAGUGAAAGAAUCGUCUCGAGGGAGCAAGCGCACUUUAAAAACUUGUGGUGUGCCUGUCACAAUCCAAGACGCUGUUUGGAUUAAGAAGAAAUGGCAAAACUGGUGUUCUGUGGUAACUAAAGGUGCUUAGACCUUAUUUUUAAACAACAAAAAAGAUUUCACUCAGGGGUCGUGGGCCACUACCUGCCAUGUGGUUUUAGGUUGUCAACUUUUCCUGUCAUUUCAAAGUCUUGUUCUCAUGGUGGGGUUCACAUCCUCUGGUUCCUCCAGUGUUCCUUUAAGAAAGAACACUGUUUCAUUGAGUUCGCUCAACUUCACCAAUUGAUAAAACUAUUUUUCUGUUUUGUUUGUUUUUUUGUUCCCCCCUCCGCCCCUUUGUACGACCUGUUUAAACUAACAAUGCAUAUCCAUCUCAGUGAUUUAGCAUCACCUUUAUGGGAGCUCUCAGAGUCCUUUUGUGAUGUUCAGUUAAGUUUAUUCUCAUAAUGCCACAUACAGUACUGUCAGUUCUUACAACCCCCCACCUGGGGGCAGCACACACACAAGUACUGUCCUCAAAAAAACUCCUUUAAUUCAGUGAGGAGGGUAGUAGUUGUGAGGUUUUGCACUAUUACAAGUGUUGUAAAUAAUUUUGUAUCAUUUGUUAAUGCCCUUAAUUCUAUUAUUGUCCCAUAUAUUUAUUUGCAUUCUGUGUAAUUCAAAGUAGUCUCUGUGAGAUGACUUUGCUAUUGUUCAAAAUAAA